CUUUUUCGUAUAAAUUGUAUACCCUUUAAUUCUUGACUAUAUGCUGGACAUAUUGAAGACACUAUAUAUAAGGUUUCAUCUCCAUUGAUCAACAUCCUAAAUAGGAAACAACUCUACCACCAACAUCAAACUUUUUACUGGAAGCCAACCACUGUUUCCAAUCUUCGCCAUACGCCACACUUGCCAACAAUCUCUCCCAUAUAUAAAGGAUGUGAAAUGAAAAUAAAUAAAUAAACAGGUACAUUGCUGUUGUGCUUACUUCCAGUUCAGGCGGAAGGUCUUCCAGUGGUCAAGCAAGCGCGCAAGCUGACCAGGAGGAAACUCGGCUCGGCAUGCGCUGUAGAAAAGUUAGCUAGGUGGACAUGAUUGCAUAUGAUCAAAUACGUACUCGCUUGGGUAGUCCAUGUAGCUAUGGAUUGGGUCCAGUCCAGGUUGGUCGGAGCAGCUGUCUCUGUUGGCAGAGCAGAGGUCGAACAAAUUUUCCUGCUCGGCAUGCGUAUCAUCGACGUAAUCAUUAGGGCCUUCGCAACCACCUUGGAAUGUGUGGAGGAGGCCAUUCCAGUGUCCGCUUUCGUGCGUCAAUGUUUUGCCAUGCUGGUAGAACUCAUUGCCUUGGCCGUUGAGAGCAGGGGGGCCGAUGACGAUGCCAUCCUCGAUGAAGUUUUUGUCACCGUUUGUCACAGCCAUGGGCAGGGAGCUGUAGCCUCCUGGCCAAUCACUCAUGUAGUAAACAUUAAAUGUGCGGUAGUCGCCUUUGCGAAGAGUCUGCUUCAUUUCGUAGUCGUCCUCAAGGUUGUAGUCAGGCAGAGAGAUUGUAGUUGGUCAGCGCAAAGUUGCCUGGCAUAAACUACUCAAAUUGGUUCGAAACGGGCUUGAAGGCGGAAACUACCCGACAUGCGAUGGCUUUCUCUAAUAGGCCAUUUAAAGAAGCCGCUAACUUAGUGUAAGUUACAAGUGCCUACCAGUCUCAGCAAGGACUAUGCAUCUUAGUGGGUAGUGGCAAUGACGAGCAAGAUAUGUUAGCAAAUACAACAUGACAUUAUUAAAUUAAGUGAGCAUUAUACAAUUACGCAUGCCUCCUGUAGAUACUCGAGCCGAUGUAAAGGAAAUACAACCAGUUUCUUCUCCGUAUAGUUCACCGUGUUUAUCUGUGCUUGUGUGCCUCAGGUAGGUGGGGCUGUGCGAUUGGCUGGAUGGAGUGGCGCAUUUUGGUUGUCGCCCCUCGUCGCGGGUUUACCAGUUCGGACCGCGGACAAGUGAGAAGAGAGGAGAGCAGGUUUAUGGGUUGCAGGCAAUUCAUAAACUACAGAGAUGCUCUGUCAAUCAAAUUAUAAUUCACGGCGCCCAUCAUGACCCAGUCAUCGAAACCUAUACCAGCAUUUUACGCGGUCUACGUGCUGCGAUCCACGAUUCGGCACGCGUCGCUCUAUAUUGGUUCCACGCCGAAUCCGCCACGACGACUCAAGCAGCACAAUGGCGAAGCAAAAGGUGGUGCAGUGCGCACAGCAAGAGAUAGUCUACGGCCCUGGGAAAUGGUCGCCUUGGUGUCGGGUUUCCCGAGCGCGGUAGCCGCCUUGAAAUUCGAAUGGGCACUAGCAAAUCCUCACCUCACGCUGCACAUCCCAGCUAGCUCUCGCGUGACAACCGCGUCCGGAACGAAGCGAAACGGCAUGCCGCGCCGACCACCGCUUAGCAUGAGGGCCAUCAUGUCCAACAUCCACCUGCUGACAGGGGUACCGAGCUUUUCAAGAUGGCCGUUGCAGCUUCACUUUUUCGCUAAAGAGGCCCAUACUUCAUGGAAAUCGUGGACCAACAGUGUCGAACACCCCGAUCGGCCAGGGUUGAAGGUGUUGACCGACGUUACCACUGCUUCGACAGCCGACGACGCUCCCACGCAUGGCAUUCACGCCUUGCCGCUGGAUUACAAGCCAAUGCAAGAAUAUGUUGAGAAAGCACAAAAUGUGGUGUCUUUUGAAAGGCAUGGUGACUGCGUGCAUUGCAAAGAAUCGCUUGUGCCAAACGAGGGGCUCUAUGCCAUGUGUCCCAACACUAGCUGCGAGGGCAUGGGCCAUCUGACGUGUUGGUCUGAACAUGCGCUGUCUAGCGACGGCAAGGCAACUGGUGAACUGCUGCCAAGAGCAUGCAGAUGUCCGUCGUGCGGUGGAGAGAUCCAAUGGGCCGACAUGAUGACAGAGUUGACGCUGCGUACCCGUGGAAAAGACGCUGUGGCAAAGCUGGUGAAGAAGAAGAAGGGGAAGAACAAGGCGGCGGAUGAAGCCACGGAAGCAGCAGCUGCUGAAUAAAGAGUUGGCUGUUAUAAAAGAAUGAAGUGGGAGGCAUAUAUUCCACGAGGAUGACUCUACUUUUUUUUUCUGUAUAUAAAAAUCUCAAAUGUAUAUUAUUAUUCUUACUCUUUGC